CUGUUCGCCUUUCUAUUCUAUCAGUAUCAGUAUUUGUCAACAUGCUGAGCUGCAGACAUAUGAUUGGCCAACUGCUGAACCGUCAAUAUCAGCGCCACGCCAGCAGCAUUACAGCUAAGAUCUUGGAGCAUCGCUAUGUGGAGUUAACCCAGACAGAUGGACUUCAACUCAAGUAUCCUAGUAUUUGGCUACGAGACAAUUGUCAGUGCCCUGAGUGCUUUCAUGGAGCGACCCGAGCACGCCAAAGUUAUUGGGAACGUAGUCCAUUGGACGCCGAAGCGAAUCGCGUCAACUACGAUGAGAAGCGACAACAGCUGGUGGUCAACUGGCAGGAUGACCACAACUCUGUCUACGACUUGGAGUGGUUGAAGCAGCGAGACUUCAGUGUGGAGGCUAGGCAGCGCUAUCUGGAUGAGGUUUACAAGCCACCCGCGCAGCUGUGGAGCAAGUCGCAGUUUGGCGACGUUACUCGUGAAUUUGCUUACAAGGAUGUGAUCGAGAAGGAUGCAGUCUUGGGCGCAUGGCUUGAGGCAUUGGCCGUGCAGGGAUUUGCGCUGCUGCGUGGGGCGCCAGACGAUGUCCAGGUCGCUCGUCAUCUGGCGGAACGCAUUGGGUACAUCAAGCUCACCACUUACGGUGAUGUUUUCGAGGUCAAGUCGAAGCCCAAUGCUGGAAACUAUGCGUACCUUAUGAAGCCGCUGCCAAUGCACACAGACAUGCCCUACUAUGAGUACAAGGCGGGCAUUAACAUUCUCCACACGCUGGUGCAAUCGGAUUCGCCGGGCGGUGCCAACACAAUGACCGAUGGAUUUUUUGUUGCCGACAAGCUACGUCGCGAGCAUCCGGAGUACUACGAAUUGUUAAGUAGCGUUCCUGUCAACUGGUUUGACAUUGGACACGAUGGAGAUGCCGGCAAACCGUUCCAUAACCUCUGGCGGGCUCCAGUCAUCUGCUUGGACGUGGACGGCCAAUUUGCUCGCAUUAAUCACAACACCAUGAAGCGCGACAGUCGCUUCACAGUGCCACUGGACAAAGUGGGGGCUUGGUACGAGGCCUACGAUAAGUUUCUCCAGCUAGUCUACGACGAAGCUGUGCAGUUCAAGACACGGCAAGGCGAUGUCUUUGUUUUCAACAAUCUUCGCAUGCUGCACGGACGAACUGCGUACGAGGACUCGCCGAAGAAUCAGCGACAUCUUGUGGGAGCGUAUGUAGACUGGGAUAUAAUUUACUCAAAGCUACGCACUCUCAAGUUCCCCAAUCCAAAGGAUUAGUCAUUCAAUGUAUUUCGCAUGCAGUAAUAUUAUAUACUAUCCAAUAAAUUGUGUAACUCAUAUUGA